AUGCUCAGGGAUGUCCGGGGCGCGUUUGGUUUACGCUAACGGGUGGAUUAUCUUGGCGAUUAUUCGAAAAUUCAUUGGAUUUUUCAGCUCUUCGUGUUGCAUUUCUGAAAUAUUUUGACAAUCAGAUGCCCGACUUUCAUCUUAAAAUAAAGAAGGGACUCACAAAUUUAAACGGAAGUUGUAACUUGAGGGAUUUUACUCGUGACGUCACAUUUUUUUGGGUAAAGGUGAUAAAAGUCUUCAAAAUCAUUUUCCAUGAGAAUUAAAGGUAAGUUUUGGAUAAAUAGUACAUAAAUUUUCCAUGGUAUUUCCUAAAAUUCAAUUAUUUCUUUGCUUUCAGUUUUCCCGAUAUGAAAAGUGAAACCCAAGUGAUCAAACCAACUGAAAAUCGAACUUCAUCCCCGGAACGGGAUGAGAAGCGUUGAUAAGAUAAGAAUUCACUAUCCAUCCAAAUCUCGUGCUUUCUCGAGAUUUCGUUUCAAUCUUGUCACUUUUCACGGUCUUCCCUUUUCUGUGUCUUUUUAAAUCGAUCAAAUCGAUCAAAUCAAAUUUUCAACUUUCCAUCUCAAAAACUGUUGCAAUGAAGCAAAUAUUGUUGUUCAAAUAAAAAAUAUUUCCUUUUAUUUAUUUCAAAAUUAGGUAUGUUUAACACUAAAAAUGCUUCCCUUUCUGAUUCUGAUGACGUCAUUUUUAAUUUUUUUAAAAAAAUUCUUCAUUAAUAUUCAAAGUUAUUUCAUCUUUUUUUAUGACGUCAUCAUCUCCAAUGACGUCAUUUCUUCAGUAAAAUUCGUCCUGAGAACUUUCCAUCUUUCAGAGCAACCAUGUCCUCCAGAAAAAUCACACUAUUAUUACUGAUUACGGUAGAAAUCGUGUCAGGAUUCCUGGCGCCAACGGCAGGCUGCUCCAACUGUUCGCCGUGCCAAAAUGCCUACGCCUGCGCCGGCGGCGUCCCCCCGUUGCUCAUGGCAGGACCUCCUGGAACUAUCGGAGUUGUCCCAGUUGCUCCAGCUCUUCCAGCUGCAGCUCCAGCUUCGAAGACUCCAGAAGCUGCAGCUUCUUCGUCUGCUUCUGCCGGAGCUGCAGCUGCUGUUGAAGCGGCUGCUGAGGUGAGAUUUUUGUGGAUUUGUUUGGUCGCAUUUGGAAUGGUUCGAGAAGCGUUUCGGUCACAUCGCGCACCUCGCAUCUAUAGGCACCUUUCUUUAAUACUUAGAAAAUACCCCGUCGCAAGUCGUUUUUGGUCGGGCGCAAUUUUCGCAAGUCUCUAUGCGUUGUAUGAUACCACGCUUGCGCAUAGGCCUUUUAAGGAUUGUUUUUUGCCUAAAAACCUCAUUUUUCACAUUUUUUCUUGCUUAAAAACCUCAUUUUCACAUGUUUCUUGCUUAAAAACCUCAUUUUCACAUGUUUCUUGCUUAAAAACCUCAUUUUCACAUGUUUCUUGCUUAAAAACCUCAUUUUCACAUGUUUCUUGCCCAGAUACUUUGAAAAAUUCAGGAAGCCACAACUUACAACGCGAUCCGGGCCGGUUAUGAAGCCGCCGGCUGGAAAACGGACGUCGAUGGCAACGUUUUUGUCGGCGACGAUAAUGCCAAACUUGCACUUAUUCAAUUGGGAACGUAUUGUCCGCAAAUUAUUUGCCGUAGUUGGAAGAAGAAAUAA